AUGCCUCUGCGCGACGUACUAUCGUUGCCACGGGAGCUACGCGACAUGAUUUAUGACUUCGCGCUUGCCCCCACUGCCAGAGACAUCCACCUCAAGAACUCCAAGGGAGUCCCAUAUACCUAUCACACUUACGAUCGGAGCCUCAAAGCACUCUCGCUAAACAGAGCGACUCGACUCGAAGUCAAGCAGGCCCUGACACGCACUGAAACUUUCAUCCUCGUCACGAUGAAUGGCUGCGACGUUCUGAGCAUGUUCGCUGAGCUCACCGGCCGAGCUGUGACAUACGAUCUCAAGGGAGCGGCGCUCUUCCGCGGACAGAAUUAUCACAGUCUACGAGUUGAUAUCAAGAUGCCUUUAGAUGACAAUGGCAAGCGGGUGAACGAAGAGUCAGGCACCAGAGAAGCCUACUCUAUGGUCUUACGAGUACAGGAGCUCCCUACAUUCUGCAGAGCGCUACAAUGGAUAUUGUAUAUGCAGACCGACAGAGUUGGCGCACUGGUCAGAGCGAUGGAUGGCCAAGGUCUUGCCGUGCCGAGUAGUGGUCCCGUGGACACAAAGAUCAAAUUCAAGCUCAUUCCCCGGGCGGACAAGCCCAUCACGAAAUCGCUGGAAAAGACCUUACUGGAGCCUUUCAUGAACUGCAUCGGACUCCACCAGACUGUCACUGUCUUCGGGGCGUCCAGUGAGUUGGCGAGUACACUGGCCCCGCGCAUGUGCCCAUCCUCCCCGAAUCUAGAAGCAGUGGCAUGGACCAUGCUUCCAGCUGAGGCAGCGGUCUACGAAAAAGUCAUCGGCCUGUAUAAACAAGGAGCUUAUCACGAGCUGAUUGGAAUGUUCGGGGUUGUGAGCUAUUGUUGGACGGCGGGCAUUCUCAACUUCGUACCUGACAACAUGUUCGGUCUAUGGGCUCAACCGGUCCUUCGCACGAACGCGAUUCUGCUCGACAUCGCAGCCAUGGCCAUGACAAGCCACUUCCAUCUUCACGGAGCACGAGGUACUUUGGACUGGUAG